GAAUCUCGUCGUGACAGUGCCUAGGCUGGCGCUGCUGGCCUGUAACUUCGUUCUAUCUAUCAUAGAACGAACAUCAUACACGGAUUGGAGAAAAGAGCAUCAUCAAAAACCGCAAGUAAUUCGGUAUAAGUCGAAUUUUUCGACCACCGGCAUUCUUCAUUUUUCAAUAUAGAGUGAAGUUGGCGCGAUCCGCAGCCAUCUUGCGGAACUUCGCAGCGGUUUUUGACAUUUUGUGUCAUCUGUCAAGUUUGACAUUGACCUUCAAUAAAAAUCAAAACAAAGUGCUAUCAACGUCUCUGUGCCUUCGUUUAAAAGUGUUUGUGCCUUCGUUCGUCAUAAAUAAACAUUUAAAUGUCUACCGAAAUGGAGAAAUUAAAAAAGUUACGUGUUAUACGCUCACAGUGCAAAGGAACCAUUACAAGAAUCGACAAUUUUGUCAAGGAUCCCGUAUGUUUGGCAGCCGCCAGCGCCGAUAUAUUAGAGGCGCGUAAAGAGAAGCUCAUUUCCACCUUAAAGGAUUACGAAAAGGUGCAAAUGGACAUACUGAGCAUUGAUGAGGGCGACGGUGAACAGGUGGGAGAUAUUGAAGAGAAAUACUAUUCCAUAUUAGCAAAAAUAAAUAGUUCUCUUAAAAUGUUAAAUACAAAAGUGACUUCGGAGUGCCACAACGCAUCCACAUGGCCACAACACAUUGCUGCACCAGGAGCACAAUGUGAAUGUGGACAAGCCCAGGGCAAAUAAUGAUGACAGUCAGCAGCCACUAUCAUCUGAUGCUGGGCUGCAUAAAAACUGAAAAUGGACCGGUAUUCCAGAAUACCAUGUUAGGAUAUAUUGUCGGAGGAAGUAUCCCCGAGCAAGGACACCACUGCGUGUUCAAUCCGUCGAGUCGAACCUCACCUCAUCGUGUGGUCUUUGAUGGAUCGAUGAGAUCUAGAAAUGGGACGUCGCUGAAUCAAGUCAUGCUGAACGGACCUGUUGUACAGAGUGAGCUCUUUGAUAUCCUUAUUUUAUUCAGGACUUAUCCCUUUAUUUUAACUUGUGACAUUCAAAAAAUGUUUCGCAAUGUUUUUAUAAAUGAACAUCAACGCGGACUUCAAAACAUUUUAUGGCGCGAUUCGCCUAAAGACCCCAUCAACUGCUUGCAACUUCAAACUGUUACAUACGGUUUAAAAUCGAGUACAUUUUUAGCUACAAGAGCUCUAAAUGAGCUAGCUAAUAUGCAUAAGGAUCAGUUUCCUUUGGCCGCUCAGGCUAUUUAUAAAAAUACAUUUGUUGAUGAUGUGCUGACUGGCGCUGAUGAUGUAGAGACACUUCAAGAGCUGAAAAGGCAAAUUGUAGAGCUUCUGAAGUUAGGUAGUUUCUCGUUACAUAAAUGGUGCUCGAACCACGCUCCAGUUUUAAGUGAUAUACCAGUUGAGCACAGACAAAUCGAUAGUGUAGAGAUAGGUCAAAAUGACACUGUGAAGACAUUAGGUCUCACACUCGAAAUAAAUUCAGAUAAAUUGAGUUUCUCUUGCCCUGCGAUCAAUGAGGCAACAAUACUGAAUACAAAAAGAAAAAUUCUCAGCUUUAUAGGGAAAAUGUUUGACCCACUUGGUUUAAUUGGCCCAGUAAUAGUGGUGGCCAAACUAUUCAUGCAAGAACUCCAUAGCUCUAUGCGGAAAGAUUGGGACUCUACAAUCCCAAGUGAAAAGUUCCUAUACUGGUCAAACUUUUUAAAUAAUUUAAAGCAAAUGGGUCAAAUUAAAAUAGAAAGAUGUGUAAACUUUAAAUUAGUAUCACAUGUAGAGCUAGUAGGGUAUGCCGAUGCAUCUCUUAAAGCUUUCGGGAGCUGUCUCUACCUAAGAGUUUUUAUGACUGACAGCUCGGUUCAAGUGAACUUAUUAUGUUCCAAAUCCCGUGUGUCCCCACUUUCUAAGUCUCACACCAUACCUCAAUUGGAGCUUUCUGCUGCUCUACUUUUAGCGCAAUUGGCAAGUAGAGUUAGUAAGAUUUUAAAUGAUAGAGUUCCUCAUAAAAUAUUUCUUUAUAGUGAUUCACAAAUUGUAUUGUGGUGGAUCAAAACAGCGGCAGUUAAAAGUACUGUAUACGUAAAAAAUAGAGUCAAACAAAUUGUAGAGCUGACUGAAAACUCGCAAUGGCUGUAUGUUAGGUCAAAAGAUAAUCCUGCUGACUUAUUAUCAAGGGGAGUUGAACCACAUAAGCUGCAGGAGUGUGAUUUAUGGUGGCAUGGUUCGCCAAGUCUUUGUGAUGUAAAUUAUACACAUACAAACUUAGAAGAAUUUAAUUAUGACGAUAUCAUGACACAUGUAGAGUCGCAUGGUACUUCAUUCGAUGCGUCUUCUGACGAUGUAGAGGGAAUUUUGUGCCAUACCACAAAUGUAGAGCCUCUAGAUUUAUUAAAAAAUUAUUCUAACAUUAACAAACUUCAAAAAGUGAUAGGUUUUAUUUAUAGAUUUUACAAUAACUGCUUGAACAGAGACAACAAAAUAACAAGUAGUAAUUUAACUGCAAGGGAAUUGCGUGACUCUAUGACGAAGAUUGUACGUUGUACACAGGCAGACCAUUUUAGUAAAGAAUUAGUCCUGCUCUCAAAAAAUAAGCCUGUCACAAUUAGUGAUCAAUUAGUAUUUCUAGAUAAAAAUGGUAUUAUUAGGGCCGUGGGGAGACUGCAAAAUGCAGAGAACCUGUCUUAUGACAAGCGGCAUCCGUCUAUACUUCCAAAAAACUCCUUUGUUACCGAUCUCAUUAUAGAACGAGAGCACUUAAGACUUAUGCAUGCAGGCGCUAGGCUAGUAUUAGGCUCUCUAUCUCAGAGACAUCAUCUUGUGAAUGGUAUUAGAGAGGUAAAAAAGGUGGUGCAUAAAUGUAUAAAAUGUAUACGUAUGAAAGCUGAAGCAGCAAAGCAGUUGAUGGGAGAUCUGCCUAAAGAAAGAAUCACUCAGAGCAGGCCCUUUCAGCAUGUAGGUAUUGAUUUCUGCGGUCCGUUUAACGUAAAGGUCUCUCGCAUUAGGAAGCCUAUUAUUACAAAAGGCUACAUUGCGCUUUUUGUUUGCUUUGCUGUAAAAGCGAUACACUUAGAACUUGUUUCUGAUCUCACGACUGAAACUUUCUUAGCAUGUCUUAAACGAUUUAUUUCUCGGCGUGGCAUGCCCACAAACAUAUUUUGUGACAACGCAAAAACCUUCAAGGGUGCUUGUAAUACAUUAAAAGACUUGUAUGACCUAUUUUCCUCCAAAGAUUGUAGAGACUCUGUCAACAAAUACUGCUCAGAUAACUAUAUAACGUUUAAUUGGAUACCGAGUUAUUCUCCAACGUUUGGAGGAAUUUGGGAAAGUGGCGUCAAAAGUGUAAAACACCACUUUAAAAGAAUAGUAGGCAAUCUAUGUUUGACCUACGAACAACUUAACACUGUAAUCAUAGAGAUAGAAGGAAUUUUGAACAGUAGACCUAUACUAUCUGCUAUUUCUAAUGAUUGUGAUUAUAUUACUCCUGGACACUUCAUUUGUGGCGCAGCCUUGACUGCUUAUCCUGAAAUUGAUCUCACUGAAACCUCUGUAAAUCGGGUUCCAUUUUGGAGAAUGUGCACUAAGCUUAAGCAAGACUUUUGGAAAACCUGGUCUCAAAGUUAUUUGACCCAGCUUCAAAGCCGACCAAAAUGGAAAUACCAGCAAACUAAUUUAAUGGAAGGUGAUUUGGUAAUUGUUAAGGAUAUGAACACCUCUCCAUUAAAUUGGCCCAUGGCUCGUAUUGUAAAAACGUUCCCUGGUAGGGACGGAUUAGUAAGGGUAGCUGAUGUUAAAAUUAAUAAUAAGAUAUUUCGUAGAGCCAUAACUAAGUUAUGUCCUUUACCUGUAAUGUAGUAUUAAUAACUUUUCUAGUGUUUAGGUUUCUAUUGGCGGGUCCACUCUUUACCUGUAUGUAGUAUUGCCUGGCCCCAACUAUGUUUAAUACAAAACAUAUAGAGUGUAAACUUAGCUUAAGUAUUAUUUUUAUAUAGCAAUACAUUUUGUAGUUGCCUUAGAAUUUGUAUGUGGCAACACUCUCUCUUCUUUCUCGAUCCGAACUGACCGGCACGUCCCGCGAUCAUUUUUGUAAUUUUAAUUAAUUUAGAACUC